AAAGGGUGCAACAAUAGCUACUCUGGGACAUUAACUAGAACCGUUUAUAGGCCUGCUGAAACAUGGUGACCACAAAAACUUUUCCAGAGUGUCUGGGCGAAGAAUAUUGCCAUAGAGAGUAAAAAGCUGUGUUUACAGCUCAGGAAAGAGUUUGCAACUGUAAUUCAGAAGUGACAAAGGGCAUGGAGCUUGCUGGGAUUCUGCUGCCCUCUCCUGGAUGCAGCAUCUUAUUUUGCCCCAUGAGUUCAUGGGCUGUGGUUCAUGGGAGUUGUGUGUGGAUAGGUUGUCUGCAAAGCCUAUUUCUCCAGCAUCCAUAUAGAGUAAAAAGGGGGCCUACAUGGAUGAGAGUGUGCGGUGGGCCAUAGACACGUGUGUCCCACUGUGUCCUUACAACUUCAGUGCACAUCACAGCCUUUGGACGUAUACAUGAGCAGCUCAGAUUUGCCAAUCCUGAAUGAUUUGGGUGGGGAUUUCUAGUAGAUGUGUCCCCACAGGCAUAUCCUGCAGAAACACAGCCACUGUCACAGGCAGAGCAGGAUCAGCCCAAGGAAAUGACGCAGUCUGGACUUACUGCACUGUGGGACGAUCCAGUUCUGAGACCUGGUCAUGGAGAGGAUGGGCUAUUACCAUCAGGAGGGAUCUGGGAGGCAUUGAAGCAGAUAGUGCCCAGACCCCUUUUCACCAUGGGCACACAGCAGGGUUCUCUGGGAGGUCAUUUAGGCCCUGGUGAUGGUCAUGUGUGGAGUGCAGCCAACUCUACCUUCCUUGCUCUCUGUGCAUCAUUCACUUUCUAUGAGUUUCUUUUUUUGGUCUUGAUUUUUUUUAGGUAGCUCUUGGCUCAGUCUGCCUGUUCCCCAGCCUUCAGAAACAGAGCAGAGCCCUAAAAAACACAUGUCUUCUUCUGAGCCCAUCCUGGACCUCAAGACAGACACAACAGAAGCACUUCCAGAAAGGAAACUAGGAAUGCUUCAUUCAGAGCCACAGGGCUAUGCUGGACCUCUGGGCUCAGGUCUCUUCUGGAGCUGGAGGCACUGACACAGAGCAAAGCAAACAAUGUGAGCUUGGGACAUGGCACAUGCCUGCAGUGACCCUGAGGAGCCCAGACCAGACCCAGGGACGAAGCAGGACCCUGUCAGCACCCUGUGUGAGUGUGAUGCUGCAGCCUCCAGCACCAGCAGUCACAGCGAGCCCAGUCCUGCUCCAUCCGCAGGUGAGAGCAUCUCAGGCAGAGACUCCAAGUCAGAGCAGGGGAACCCCAGCCCUGCAGACUCCAUGCCAUGUCCAGAAGCCCCUGAAGAAUGCCCAGCUCGCCCCAACACCCUGGACUUGUCCAAGUCGCUGAAGAAGCUGGAGGAAGUGAAGCAGAUGGGGCAGAGGCGUAACAGUGACCACACGGCGGUGAAGGAGAACGGGGUCGGGAGCAGCCCUGUGGCCGCAGCGGUGAGCGAGGAGAGGAAGGCGCUGCAGUCCGAGCUGGGGAAGUGCAUCGAGGACUUCCGGAAGAUCAAGAUCCCUCAUGCCUUUCCCAAUAAGAAACGGCAGUGGCAAAGCGAGCUGCUGAGGAAAUACCAGUUGUGAGGGCUGCGGUGAGGCUCUCUGGGGGUUCCCCAAGCCGGUGGGUGGCGCAGGGCAUCGGCACACCUGGGGUGGGGAGUAUAGGCUGCUCCUUCAACAAGUGUUGCAAGCUGAAAACUAGGACAGCAUGCUCCUUAACGUGGCAGGAGGGAUGCAUGCUGCCCCAGACAGUAUGAACAUAGGUGAAGGGACAUAGAAAAGGCAAGGGGGCCCAGGGAGAAUUACCAGGGGAAAAGCUACCAUACAGCAGGAGCCCUCAUCUUUGUGUGAACA